AAAAAACAAAUUCGUAGAGGACGAAUGGUUCACGGAACCGGACCCUCUGAUUUUAUCACCCCAUCAUCUGUUUGAAUAAUUUGUUGUCCGAAAACAAAAAUGGCAACAGCGUAUUAUCUCUCGAUAUUUCACUUAAUUAUGAUACUUGUAGCGGCUCAACGUGUCGAUUCUGGUGUCUCCGUUGAGUCUCUUCCUGGUUUCGAAGGUCCUCUGCCAUUCAAGCUCGAAACAGGAUAUGUUGGCGUUGGCGAGGGAGAGGGGGUGAACCUUUUCUACUACUUCAUAGAAUCAGAGAGAAAUCCAGAAGAAGACCCUCUUGUGAUUUGGUUAAGUGGAGGACCUGGCUGCACUUCACUCUCUGGAUUAGCUUUCGAGAUCGGUCCUUUGGCUUUCGAGGUUGAUGAUUACAAUGGAGGUGUCCCUUCCUUGGUCUCCACUUCAUAUUCAUGGACUAAGGUCGCGAGUAUAAUAUUCUUGGACCAACCCGUUGGAACCGGCUUCUCGUACGCAAGAACUCGGCUUGCUGAUAAACCUAGCGACACGAGACAAGCCGUACAGGUCUACGAAUUUGUUAGAAAGUGGCUGAUUGAUCAUCCACGGUUCACGUCGAAUCCGUUUUAUGUCGGGGGAGAUUCUUACUCUGGUAGGGUUGUCCCGGCAAUCGUUCAAGAGAUUUCCAAUGGAAAUGACAAAGGCUUUAGACCUCGAGUAAAUCUUCAGGGAUAUGUUCUCGGGAACCCUAAGACGGACGGCAGUUUUGAUAGCAACUCCAAAAUCCCGUAUGCUCAUGGAAUGGGACUGAUCUCGGACGAGCUCUACGAGUCAUUGAAGAGAAGCUGCGGAGGAAAUUAUUGGGAUGUCGAUCCUAGUAACUCGGAAUGCUUGAAUCUCCUUCAAGACUACGAUAAGUGCGUUUCGAGGAUAAACGGAGCGUUUAUCCUGACUCCACUGUGUGAGUUUUCUUCUCCGAGGCCGUCUCUAUCAGACAUUACUCGAAGAAGAUACAGUAGAGAACUUCUAAACACAAGCCUUUCGGUUCCAGCUUCUGAUUGCUACACAUAUCGGUAUUUGUUAUCAUCGUACUGGGCUAACGACGAGAAGGUGCGGAGAGCGCUUCACGUGGUGAAGGGAAGUAUAGGAAAUUGGGUGAGAUGCAAUUGGGGAAUGCCUUACGACUACGACAUCAGAAGCAGCAUACCGUACCAUUUGAACAACAGCCUCAAGGGUUACCGGUCUCUCGUUUUCAGCGGCGAUCACGACAUGAUGGUGCCUUUCCUUGGAACUCAAGCAUGGAUACGAUCCCUAAACUAUUCCAUCGUCGACGACUGGAGGCCGUGGAUCAUCAACAACCAGGUCGCCGGAUUUCUCUCUCGAACCGUUGUCUCGACCGGGCAGGUACACGAGGACGUAUGCCAACAAGAUGACGUUCGCCACCAUCAAAGGUUGUGGACAUACCGUAGAGUAUAAACCGGAGGAAGGCUCCAUCAUGUUUCAAAGGUGGAUAAAUGGACAGCCUCUGUAAUUUUUUUUAAUCUUAAAUAUUAAUUAGAGAAAACAUUGUUAGCACUCUGCAUAUUGUAAUAAGCAUAACAAGAGAAAACAAUAUAUAGUUACAUUGGUAUUGGUAUAAAUAAAGGGACAUUAUGACUGAUAGAUGUAUA